AUUAAAUGAGUGGAAAUAAGAAGAUGGAUGCUUUGAUAAGUAUGAAAGCAGAAAUAUAAGCAUAAAAAGAAGGAUAAGAGAAGAUUUAAAAAUUAUGUUUUGAAAAUAUCAAUAUAGGAUAAUUUACAAAUGAAACAUUAAAAUUAUUGUAAAAAUAUAAUGAUUUAUGUAAAAAUAUUGAAUAAAGAAAGUAUGUUUGGAAUUUAAUGAUUGCAAAUUGUAGUCUUUGGAUAAUUUGUUAGGAUUUGCAAAUUUAACAAAAUUACGAUUAUGCAAUAAUAAUUUGGAUAAGAAUAGUCUCCAACAUAUAAUAUAGUAUUUUCCAAAAGUUUAAUACUUAGAUAUAAGUGGAAAUAAAAAAAUAAGUUAAGAUGUACAAAAUUAAUUUGAUUAAAAAAAGGAUCUUAAAGUUUUGGUUGAAUUAAAAGAAUUAUAACAUUUAGUGAUUAAUGAUAAAGAGAUAGAUAGAGCAAAACUUUUUGAAUUGAUUCCAUAAUUGAAUUACAUUGAUCAUAAAGACAAAACUGGGAAUGAAAUAGAAGAUGAAGAAAAUGAAGAUGAUGAUGAUGAAGAUGAUGAAGAAGAUGAUGAUGAAGAUGAAGAUGAAGAUGAUGAAGAUGAUGAUGAUGAUGAUGAAGAUGAAGCUGAAGAAGCAGAGGAAUCCGAAGAUGAAUAGCCAGUUUAGAAAAAGAAGAAAUUGUGAUGAGAAAAUAUUAAAAAUAAAUAUAG